AUGCGCUCAUUCGCUCUCCUCCCGAUCCUCGCCGGCAUUGCCGCCGCCCUUCCUCAGGAUGCAUGCAGCACUACGACGGUCGAGAAGAUCGUGCCCACCAAGACCGCAACCUACACCUCGACGCCUGUAGUCACCGAGCAUGCAACCACGGCCAAGGAUCUGGGAACUUUCACUUUGGUCACGACAAUCUCGUCAACCAAGACCCUGCUGACCCUCACGCACACGGACGGCACUUGCGGCGAGACUGGCAUUGUGUGAGCCCUUCCCCGUCCACCCUACCUCUAUUCGAUCAAGGCAUUCUAACCCCUCCCAGCACCAUUCCAUUCGCGACGCACACCGUCUACGGCAACUCCAGCACCCCUGAGGCCUACCGUGUCAAGAGAUCACCCGCAUCACCGCCAUCAAUGAAGCGAGCUCUUGGCCUCAACCCUCGCGACGACGCUGGCACUGCAUGCACCGUAACUGUGACCUCGACCACCACCUAUGGCCAGACCCAGACAUACGUUGCUGCUCACAAAACGAGCACGUACACCGACUACACGGCCUUCACCCAACACACGGUCACCUCCACCAAGUCCGGAGGCACAGCCUAUGCCAUUGACUCUGCAACCACCAGCUCUGCGACCCGAUGUGGCAGCGUGACCGUCACUCCGACUCUCCUCACCAAGACCGUCUCGAUGGACACCCGCUGCUCGCCCUCCGCCAUGGUCAGCUCCUACAACAGCUACGGAAUCGAAUACCUCAGCAACACUCCGACCGCUGGUGCUUCGUACAGCACCAACGCCACGGAUGCUUCAACCUGCUGUCAGCUCUGCGCCGAGACUGACGAGUGCGCGACUUCGGCUUGGGACGUGCGCUCGGGAGAGUGCCGAUUGGACUUCCCCGUCAAUCCAACCACGGGAGAUCUGAACUGCGGCGAGGGAGUGUUGGGCUACUACGAUGCCGGACCCAACCACCCCAUGUUGCCGGGAACGGGAUGGUACGUCGCCAAGCUGUGCGGGAAUGCACAGUUUGGAUCCGCAGCGCCGGAUGAUGGAACAUAG